GGGGCGCGCGCAGUCUGCGUCGCGAAGAGGGGAAGUGGCCAUUGUCGCAGCCACCGCCACCGCCGGACCCCAGUCCCCCACGAUACCAACCGCCGCGUCGCCAUGGCCUGCCGGCUGCGAAGUCCCCACGGGUGCGGGAGCCGCCGCGACGGCGACGCCAGCCCGCCUCCCGCCUCAAGAUGGAGCCUCGGACGCAAGCGCACGGCCGACGGGAGGCGCCGGAAGCCGGAGGACGCCGAGGGCCCCUCGAGGCCGCCGGGCGACCGCAGACCCGACAGCUUUACCACUCCUGAAGGCCCUAAGCCCCGUUCUAGAUGUUCAGACUGGGCAAGUGCAGUCGAAGAAGAUGAAAUGAGGACUAGAGUUAACAAAGAAAUUGCAAGAUAUAAAAGGAAACUCCUCAUAAAUGACUUUGGAAGAGAGAGAAAAUCAUCAUCAGGAAGUUCGGAUUCGAAGGAGUCUAUGUCAGCAUUGCCAGCUGACUUAGAGACCGAUGAAAGUGUCCUGAUGAGGAGACAGAAGCAGAUCAACUAUGGGAAGAACACCAUCGCCUACGAUCGCUAUAUUAAAGAAGUCCCAAGGCACCUUCGACAGCCUGGCAUUCAUCCCAAAACCCCCAACAAAUUCAAGAAGUAUAGUCGACGCUCGUGGGACCAGCAGAUCAAACUCUGGAAGGUGGCUCUGCAUUUUUGGGAUCCUCCAGCAGAAGAAGGAUGUGAUUUGCAAGAAAUACGUCCUGUGGACCUCGGGGAGAUGGAGACGGAAUCUGUGGAGAGCAGCUCUGAGUCCCAGACGAGCUCUCAGGAUAACUUCGACAUGUACUGUGGCACCCCUACGAAAGUUAGACACGUGGACUGCCAGGCGGGGGAUGAGUUUGACUUGGAAGCCUGUUUAACUGAACCCUUGAAAGACUUCUCAGCCAUGAGCUAACCGGCGCCACCUGGAGGCCCCUGGGAGCAGCGCUGCCUCCACGGGCGGGGUGGCCACCGAGCAUGCGUCCUGCCUGCCUUUGUAACUGGGGGUUUCUGUUCAGUGUACAGUCUCUUGGUGAAUUGAUGUUCUUGCCUUAUUUUCUUAAGAAACGUUAAUUUUGUGUAUAGGUAAUGUAUUUUGCAUGUUUUAAAUUGUAAAUGGAACUAAAUCCGAGGAAAAUUGAACUCGAGGCAAUCUUGCAACAAUCUUAAUUGCUUAAUCUCCGCAUCCUUGAAGUUAACCUGACAAGUGUACCGUAACUGGUUUUCCACAGGUUUUUUAGGCAUUAAUUGCUACUUGUCAGAGGGCUGGUUUGGGUUUAAGCAUAUGUUCACGGGGCUUUCUUUAGUGGUAUCUGGCUGAGUUCUCAUAAUCAGAUACCUUUAAUAUCUUUAUGGAAAGGGUUAGGGUUUGGACCAUUUGUCAGUAUGUCAAGAUGGGUUUUUUUCCUCGUACAGAGCACUGAAUAGUCAGAUAUUAAAUUGAGUUGGUAGGUUAAUGGGGUUUAUGUAAGUUAUAUGGUCUUAAUUUGGUACUUGUAAAUAGCGCUAAGUAGCCCGUCUACCUAUACUACUCCAAGAGUUAAGACAGCAGAAGGAUUUAGAAAGAACAUCUUUUUUAUAGUCAAUUUUCCGUGUACAAUUGCUGUAAAUGAUAAUGUGUACAGAUUUUCUGUUCAAAUAUUCAAUUGUAAACUUCUUGUUAAGACUGUUAUGUUUCUAUGGCUUUUGUAUGGAAUGACAUUGCAAAAAUAAAAAGGACCUUCUUUAACUGACUUA